GCACUGCUUCUACCACCCCAGUCGCUGGAAUCUUUGAAGAAACCAAUUGAUUUCUUGUUGGAGUAGGCUGCCUAUGGCUACAACCUCAACAUCCUGGACAGCAGUUCAGGAUUUUCUUCAGAACAGCGAUUACCAAACCAUCGCUUGUUUCAACCAAGUCAACUGGGAUCAGCUAUGCCGAAUUGCCUCAGAUGCCAACCGCAGCUUGGAAUGUGUACCCCUUGACCAGAUCGCGAGCGGACUUAACAACCUUGUCCGUCAACUUGAGUUCUCCGAUAAAACUCGUUGGGCAGCACGGAUUCCCAUCAUACGAAGCAAGUCUUCAGGUUCCUAUGGGGAAAAUCUUGGAAAUGAACUUGCGGCAAUGCAGUUCAUUCAAGAGAAUUCCAGCUUGCGAGUACCCCGAGUCUUUGCCUACAACACCAACAUGAACAAUACUGCAAAGGCUGCCUUCAUGCUCGUCGAAGUGCUCCCUGGUAUUGUUGCGAUGGAUGCUCACGGCGGUCACAGUGCACACGGUGGCGUGAUACCUGCAGAGCACCGAAAGACUUUUUAUCAAUCUGUCGCUAAAUGUCAUGUCCAGAUAACGUCAUUGCGACUCCCAAAAAUCGGGGUCAUCAGCCAGAGGGAGGACGGCGGAUACGAGGCGGGCCCCAUUCCGGGGAUCGGCGGUCCGUUUGAUACAGCAGCGGCCUUUUUUGAGGCAUGGGCCGACAAGGCCAGGUUCGGGCGCGACAAGGAAUCAAUCACUAAAAUGAUGCAGAGAGGUCCAAUUCCGGCGGAAGAGAUGGUCAGAAUCAUCGACGAAUUCCCUUUGCAGAUCAAAAGCAUGGCGAAACUGCUCCCUCUGCGCAACGAGGGACCAUUUCCUCUGUGCCACGAUGAUUUCCUCCACAGCAACAUCAUGGUCGACGAAGCCAGCUUCAACGUAACAGGAAUCAUUGAUUGGGAGGGGGCAUGCACGGUUCCCUGGGAACUCGUUACGUACCCCGGGUUCGUUCAAGCCAUGCCUCGGUCGUUUGACUUGCCCCAACAUUAUGACGAAAAUGGGCACCCCUUGGAGGAAAGCGUGAGAGAAAGGUGGCGCGAGCGGCGAGACUAUGUUGAGAUGGUGGAAGCGGUGGAAGGUGAAGAUAAGAUGCUCUCAACAUCUCUCAGUAGUAACUUCAACCAGGCUUUCGCCUACUCGUACGGAGCGUUUACUAAUGGGAAAUUGGGGUUCUACGACAGAGUUAUAAUGGAAUUGGAAAAAGGUAUUUAGCCAAAUAUGGCCCGUUAGCACCUUCGCAUACACAGGCAUGGAGAAGAGCUUCGUAGGAUGGCGCGUUAGGAAAUCAACUGCAAGGUGGUUUACCAGCGUUUCUGAGUGAGCCUCAAGAGAGCUUUUCACGUAGGAUCCAUGGAGCACAGUGCCAUUUUUUGUGUUUUGAACAAAUC